CACUCCAGAAAAGUCAUGCAGUUCCGAAGCAUUUUUCUCGCCCUAAGUGUCCUAAAUGGCUGCACUUCUUUACCAAUUUUCACCGCCGUGGCCGAUCUGAUCCGCUGUCUAAAUUACCCCGUCCAGAUAACGGUCAUGCAGGACGGCUGCUGGACCGAUCCCGAAAAGACUUACCUUUGGCGCGAAUUGGCCUCGAUUCCAGCAGCGGUCAGAUUUUGCGGACUCGACGUUGGUGAUCUUCCCUGGGACGAUCCCAACCAACAUCGCAACCUGCUGGUGGUGGACGCGAGCUGUCCCGGAACGAAGCGGCUGCUGCAGCAAGCUGGACAGCUUUUGUACUACCGAGUCAAGUGGAUCGUGAUCGACAGGAGUGGUUGGGAUUGUGGGAGGUUUUUGAGGUUCUUUGACGAUCUUAAGGUGUUGAUCAGUAGUGAGGUUUACUAUUUGUGUGCUGGUGAAGGAGUUGACGGAUAUUCAAUUCGUCAAGUGUAUAGAUAUUCGAUUGAGAGUAGCUUGAGGGAGGAGGUUUACGGCUAUUGGUAUCGUGGAGUGGUUGUUCGGAACGAUCAGGCCGCGAUCGCGGCUUCCGUUCGUCGGCAGAACCUCAACCGAUUCAAACUUCGAGCAUCGGUAGUGAUCACCCAUAAUGCCACCUUCAACCACCUGGAAGACUACAAGGACAAGCACGUGGACACGAUCACGAAGAAGAACUACUUUCUUACAAAGUACAUGAUCGAGAACCUGAACGCCACCGUCCAGUACAGCUACGUCAACUCGUGGGGCUACCGCAAUCCAAAGACAGGUCGUUUCAGCGGAAUGAUCGGUGAACUCCAAGCAGACCAAGCCGAUCUCGGCGCUACCGCCCUGUUCCUAACAGCUGAUCGCAUCCGCGAGAUCGACUACCUCUCGAUGACCACCCCAACACGGGCUAAGUUUGUUUUCCGCUCGCCGAAACUAUCCGUAACGGACAACGUGUUCAUCCUUCCCUUCAACGGAACCGUCUGGAUGUGCAUCAUCAGCUUCAUCGUCCUGUCCGCGACCCUCCUGCUGAUCAUCAUGCUUGUCGAGUUUCGCUACACAACCGUCCGGUACGGAUCGUUCCGUCCCACCCUGAUGGACACGAUGAUGAACAUGUUUGGGACGUCCUGCCAGCAGGGAUCGUUUAUGGAACCCAAAUCGCUGCCGACCCGGUGCCUGAUCCUGCUGAGCUUGAUCGUGUUGAUGUUUUUGUACGCGAGCUAUUCCGCGAACAUUGUGGCAUUGAUUCAGUCGCCGUCGAGGAAGAUCAGGACGGUGGAGGACCUGCUCAACUCGAGGUUGGAAACUGGGGCGGAGGAUACGGUGUACAAUAAGUACUACUUUAUGCACGAAACCGAACCAAUCCGGAAGGCCCUCUUCGAGCGCAAGAUGCGGAGCCGCGACGGCAGUCUGGACCGCUUCAUCCCGCUGGAGAAGGGCGUCGAGCGGCUGCGUCGGGGACUGUACGCCUUUCACGUGGAGCUGGGCGUGGGCUACAAGGUGAUCAGCGAAACGUACCAGGAGGACGAAAAGUGCGGCCUGCAGGAGAUCGAGUACCUGAACAUUAUCGAUCCGUACUACGCGGUCCAGAAGAACUCGUCGUUCAGAGAGAUUGUCCGGCUGAGCUUGUUCAAGCUGCGCGAGUUUGGCAUUCAGGGCAGGGAACACUCGAUGCUGUACACGAAGAAACCGACCUGCAGUGGCGGCAGCAGCUUCAUCCCGGUGACGAUCGUGGACGUUUGGCCGGCGCUGGUUUUGCUGUGGUGGGGCUUUGGAAUUGCCGCUGGGCUGGUGGUGGGGGAAUUUGGGUUGAAAAAGCGCAGGGAUAUUCGAGGACGGUUCUUCAAACGAUCGCGAGUCAGUGGAGUUAAGCCGAUGGGUUUAUCUUAAAUGUUUAAAAUCUAUAUGUAUUCAAGUUAACUGUGUAAAAUAUUGUGAUUUUGGUCUACGCUCCCGUGUAGAAUACUAAGCGCACUGUUCCGUCACGGACACAUCAGA